GCGGUACGAGUGGGCGCCGUUAUGACGGUGUUUUGGGCGGCCAUUCUGUCCAUAUCGCCUUGGCUCAUUCUUGUCUUCGCUUCUCGCUUCAUUCUGGGAAUCUUCAAUACCAUCAUGGUCUACCGGCGUUCAUUUGACCAUGGAGGUGUGCGUGCCGUACCUGAGGUCCACCGUGGGGGUCCUGUUGGCGCUCCCGUACGCCAUUAUGAUGAUCGUCCUGGCCGGCAUCGCCUACGGCAUUCGGGACUGGAGGAUUCUGCAGGCGGUUGGAUCCAUUCCCUCGCUCCUGCUGGUGCCGCUUGCCUUUUUGGUGGACGAGUCUCCGCGCUGGCUCUUGGUGAACGGGCACCUGGACGAGACGGUGAAGGUCCUCGAGCGCGCCGCCGCCCUCAACCGAAGCGACAGGGGAGAGUUGCCGCCCAUUGAGGCCGCGGUGAACAAGAUCCACGAUAGAUUAUCCGGUUCGAAGCCCACGGCAGCCAGGCACAGCGCGGAGAGCCCAAACCCCGCCACCCAGCACCCAGACGGCCUUCAGAACGGCGUCAGCGUCGAUACAGCAGAAGGCACUUCGGGAGUCAACAAACCCCUGGGCAUCGCUGACGGCUUUGGCGCUUGGUGGGCGGGACCCGUGGCCUUGGUCCGCACGGGCGUGAUGAGGCGCCUCUCCCUGGUGCUCGUGGUGAUCUGGCUCCUGCAGGGCAUCGUUUACCUGGGUCUUCCUCUCAGCGCCAACGCCUUCAGUUCCCCCUUCCUAUACAUGGCACUCAUGGGUGCCGUGGAAGUGCCAGCUUACAGUGUUUCCGCGCCGAUCACGCAGCGCCUCGGGAGGCGUCCGGUCAUCUGCUUCUGCUUAAUCAGCUGUGGUCUCCUGCUACUCAGUUUGCUGCUGCUCGAGAUGUACGGUAUUAAAGAGGAAUGGGUCGAUUUACUGCUCGUUCUACUGAGCUAUCUUAUGGUGUGCACGUCUUAUCAGGUAAACUUCCUCUACGCACCUGAGCUCCUGCCGACCACCAUACGGCCCUGGGGAACGGCCAUGUGCACGCUGUCUGCUUACAUCGGCUUCAGCAUUCCACCUUUCAUCACAGAUUACCUGGCCUACAGCUACCCCUGGCUCCCCUCCGCUGUGUUCGGCUGCUCCGCCUUCGUCGCCGGCCUCCUCGUCACCUUCCUCCCAGAGACAAAUGGCAAACCGAUGAUGGAGACCGUGGCAGACCUCCAGCUCCGCCUCUCCAAGAACAGCUUACAACACAAGAGCAACGAAAUAAAACUCAGCAUCAGCGGUGUUAAAUCUCAUUCGUAGGUUGUUUUAGUGACUGGUUUGCUAGACAGGAACCAUUUGAUAAUUCUUGACGAAUCCGUUGCGUCCGUGAGCAGGAAUAUGUAACGAGAAGUCUCUACAAAACGUUUGAACAGGGCUGCCUUUGUUUAAGGCGCAUUUUGGACGGCAUGUUAUUUCAGGAUUUCUUGAACAACCUUGAAACUUCUUGCUCAUAUUUAUUUUUGAUGGUACUUCUUGGUCAGAUAUCUUGGUCCGGUUUCGUUACCAAACCAAGCAUUUUCAAACUACCUCCAGAGGAAGCUUGAGACAGUUUCAUGACGUCACAUUAGUAAACAAACCAACAUGGCCGACAGAAAUGAGUGAUGAUGAAAUUCUCCUGAUAAUCUACUUAUUUUGUCGUCAAUAGAUGGCGUUACAAACUAGCGUUAUAUAUUGCCGACCAGAAGUAUUUACUGGAGUAUAUCAACAGCUUUAUUAUGCUCUGGAAGACAAGCAUUUGCUACUUAUGGCCGUCCCGGGAUGUUGAAAGUGCGUUUUUAUUUAUCUUUGUUAUUUCCAUUCUAAUCUCACAUUUUGAAACGCCUAUCUUUGCUAUGAACAGUAGAUAUUAAAAAAUCUACACACAAGUUCAGAGCAACAAUCUAAAGGGAUUGUUGCUCUAAACUUGAUUGUGUAGAUUUUUUCUAUUUUUUGUUAAUCAUAACGCUUAUGCAACAUAAUAUGUCAAUGAAUUUUUUAAAUUGUUAUUUUGUUUAUCUCCUUCAGUUAAUGCGAAAGCAAUGUAAGAUUUCUUCGUCGGUAAUUUCACUAACUGCGCCCAGUCUGUUCUCUUCCGCCCGCCAUGAAGGGGAACGAGUCCAAAAUUCAAAGAUAUUUAAGGAAAAUAAGAAUAAAAUUGAAUAAGAGCAAAUAAUUUUAAGGAUCUGAUAUGUAAAGCUAUCAUGAGGUCAGGUCUGAGGUAGUAUAGUUUAUAUCAAAAUGUAAUGGAAGUUGACUGCAGGUCUUUUCUUAAGGUGAAAUAUUAAGUUGUCAAUGUGUACAUAAUUUAUGGGGAGUUUGGUGUACAUAGCUCGUGUUUAUUAUUCAGGAAAUUCGAUUGCAUACUAUUACUUUUAAAAUAUUUCAUUGUGUCCAAAAAUCGUCAUACUUGCCUUUAUCAUCUGACUUACUUACCGGAGAUAUUUGUAAACCUUUCUAGAAAGAGAAGGAAGGUUUAAUAUUAUUUUUUAUAUUUUUUAAUACUGUUAUUUUUAAAAUUGUAUUCUGUUAUGUUUAUUGUCUGUUAUGUGUCGAUAGUGUGUGUGUAUGUGUGUGUGUGUGCGCG